UCUAAACGAAUAAUUUAUAGAAAUACUUUGAAAAGUUAUAUAUUUACUAAUAAAAAAUAUACAAUAAAUUAAUAACGCAAAAAUAGAAUUAUAGCAUAUUUAUCCAUGUAAUACUAAUAUAAAAGUUUCUAAUCUGACUAUUCAUGUAUGUCCGCAACUAUUUAACCGAGCAGGAAUUGGAUAUAAUCCAAAAUGGUUGCCAUUUGUUGUGCUUUCAAGUGAUUUUUGACUUAGUGUGUUAAUAAAUGCUGUAUAACAAUAUAAUUUUUCGAAAACAUGGAUGAUAAUAAUAGUGCACAAAAAAAAUCAGAUGAAGACAUCACGACGGGCCAUGGGGAUGAAACGGAAGAGGCCAAGUUUGCUAACCAAAGCCCUAAUAGCCUUGAACAAUCUAGUGAAAAAACCGAAAGUGAAGUUAGUGCAGUGAAAGACAUUGAGUUACAAAAUCAUGUUGACCACAGAGAAAGUACUGAGGAGAAUGUUAUUAAAAAUGUUAGGAGUGAUACAGAAAUGACUAAAGAUGAAGUUGGACUUUCAGAGGUUGAUAGCCAAGAUGAGUAUAAAAGUGAGAAAGGAGACACAGGAGAUACACUCAAAGAGGAAUCUUUGAGUCAGGAUUCAUUAAGUCUGGAAUCUAAAAACCACCAUAACCAAAAGCCUGAGUUCCACAAGGACGAUGACACUGAACCAGAUAACAAGGACAAAGAAAGUGAUAAGGAUGAUGAUAAAAAUAAGGAAGAUGAAAUUUCACCAGAGUUUGAGAAAGCUCCUAAUGUUUCUAUGGAUGAACCACAGGAAGAAGACCACACACAGGCAUUGGAUCCAUUUGAUGCUCUUCUCAAAGAUACAUCUUCAUUACCUGAAAAAUCAAAGACUGCCAGUUUAGAUGCAUCUAUUAACAUUGAUGAUGAGGAUGAUGAUAUCAAUGCUGAUGACAUUGAUGGGGACUUAGGAAAGGAAGCUGAAGAUGAUCAUGCAGGGCAAUCAAUUGAUGACAGCAAUGUGUCAGGAAUAGCUGAAGAGCCUGGUGCUGAUGAAGAGGUGUGCUUAUUACCAGACACCGAGCGGGAAAUCUCAGAAGCAGACAAAGCUGAAGCUGAAAAAGUAUUAGCAGAAAAGAGGAAACAGGCUGAAGCUGAAGCUGCAUCACUAGCAGUACCCAAACAGGAGCAUGAACCCAAUGCUGAAGCUAAUUCUGAUGAAACACCUGUUGAUAAUGCGGAUCAAAUUGAAGCAGCUGAAGAUCCUGCACAGGAAAAUGGAGAUAAAGACAAUGAACAUGAUGAAAGUAUAGAUACAGAAGAAUCCACAGUUACUAAUAUUAUUCAGGAGAGUGCUCCCACUGAAGGGAAAUGUGUACAAUGCACUACAGUAAAGCCAUGCUACUUCCGAUUUACAAAAAAAGGAGAUACUAUGUUGCUGUGCAGUGAAAUGUGUGAAUCAAGAUAUGAAACUCAAAAUCCAGGACAAUAUAAGAUAACCCAAAAAAAAUAUUUAAUUGAAGAAAUCGUUCCUAACUAUUUAUCAUGUUCAGAGUGUGAGGAAAUGAAAGUUUGUUAUUUCUAUUACAAUUACGACGGCGAAGACACGAAUUAUUGUUCUCUAAGUUGUUUAUACAGUAUGAUGGCCGAUGAGAGAGAAAAGUAUACAUAUAAACGAAGAAAAAUAGUCGCACAAGAGGUUGAACCAGUUGAAGGUCAAUGCUGUGUUUGUAAUCAGAUGAAAAACUGUAAAUUCACGAUAACUAAGUAUGGGGAAAAACUUUUAAUUUGCGAAGCAAAUUGUAUUCACACUCUGAAUUCAGAAGAACAAGGCAGGUAUAUUCUUAAAAUGCUUAGGCCUGUUAGAAAGCAACCAACAAGAAAAAAAGCAAACCCACCUCUGUUAAAAUUGAAGGUUAUCAGCAAUGCCACAGACAAGUACUUAGAUGAAGCAUAUAAAAUUCAAGCAAAAACACCUGCCAUGGUUCAAGCCGCUAGGGAAGAAAGGGAUAGAACAUUUUUACGUAAAUGUACCUAUUGUUAUAUGUUACUUGAUGUAAAUGAGAAAAUGUUGGUUUGGGAGACAAUGGACUUUUGUGGUGAAGUGUGUUUAGGACGAUAUCAGAAUAAAAUUGGAUCUAGAUGUGCAAACUGUAAGAAUCCAGUGCUGCAUACAAGCUUGGGAAAAUAUUGUGUCAGAUUUGGUUAUGACAUCCGACAGUUUUGUAAUUCGGCAUGUUUAGAAGAGUUUAAGAAAGGAUUGAAGAUAUGUUGUUAUUGUCAAAGAGAUAUCUCCUCUGGUCACCAAGGUUUUCUGGCUCCUGUUGGUGAUAAAGGCCAAUUCAAAGACUUCUGUUCUCAAAACUGCAUGGGAAAGUUUGAUCAGAUGAGUAAGAAUCCAAUACCGCAGGCGGUGUGGGCGAAGUGCGCGGUGUGUUCUUUAGAGAAGGCCACAACGAUUGAGGUUGAAGUUUCCGAAGAAGUAACACAGAGAUUAUGUUCAGAUCCAUGUUUUGCUGCAUUUAAAUUUGUAAAUAAUAUAUUUCCAGAUCAGUGUCGAUGGUGUAAAAAGUACUUUGAAAGAAAAUUGACAAAAUGUUUUUCGAUAUAUGACGACACAGAGGCGAUAUGUUUUUGUUCAAAGUCCUGUCUAAACGUGUAUAUAAGUAACACUCGACACAUAGUUCCCUGCAGUUGGUGUAAAGUGAAAAAAUACAACUUUGAUAUGAUAAAGCGGAUACCGGCAAGCGGACAAGCAGUGUUGAUGUGUUCUCUUAAUUGUUUGAAUCUCUACCAAGUUUCCAUAAAUGCUGUAUCAUCGAGAAGGACCAAAUGUGACCUGUGUAAAAGAACGUCAUUAGCUCAAUACCAUUUGACAAUGUCUGAUGCGACAGUUCGAAACUUUUGCACGUAUCAAUGCGUCAUGUCAUUUCAGGGUCAGUACUCAAAGCACACACCUCCACUACUCCCCGGCGAGUCAAUCGAUCAACAGAAAGCGGUCCCGACAGGCGCACCGAGGCGAAAUUACAAUGCUUCUGGGAAAAAUAAUACACAACGAACAGCCAGUGAAGGUUUACCAGUAAUCUCAAACGUGCAAUCUCUGGCCAGUCCGAGUCCCUCUGUGGCCAUCACCCGCGGCAAGUCCAAGCGGCUCGCCCAGCCCCCGCCCGCAGCCGCGCCCCCCGCCGCUCCCCCCACCCCGCCGCCGCCUCCUGCGCCACCCACACCGCCGCCCCCGCCCCCGCCCAAGGUCUACAACCACGUCAUCGUCAAAACGCUACCUCCUCGAGAGGUGGCCAACAAAGGGACCAUGUCGAAGCCGAUGAUGGUUUCCAAAGGGGUCUCAUGUCGACCCCAUCCCUGUACGAAGGAGUGCCAGACAGACUCGAGCUUAGAACGAAAAGUUUUGAUCCCUGUCCCGGUUCCGAUAUAUGUGCCGGUGCCGUGCGUCAUGUGGUCUCUGCCGUUCCCUGUCCCCGUACCCAUUCCCAUUCCGGUACCCACUCCGGUCUUCAUUCCGACGACGAGGAACUCCGCUAAAGGAAUAAUGAAGGAAAUAAACAAGAUACACGACAAGAUGCCCACAGAUCCAUUUGAAGCGGAGUUGUUGAUGAUGGCUGAAAUGGUAGCCGGGGAUAAGAAGAAAGAUCAAAGUGAUUCAGAUACUGAUGACGAUAAUGCGGAAGAAGGAUUCAGCCCCGUAGCAGGCAUGGACGGUAAUAAUGCUUUCGGAGAGGACAUGCUGCAGAUGGCUUUAAAAAUGGCCACGGAAUACGAAGAUCAACCGGUAGACUUAGAAUCUGCAAUGACAGCUAACACUAUCACUCCGAGCUCACAUCCCGGAAUGCCUGGUCUAGAGGGUGACGGCAUGCACCACCACCACCUGAUGGUGAUGGAGCAGCAGCGGGCGGUGGCGGCGCUGCGUGCGGCGGGCGGCGCGGCCCGCAAGCGAGUGCCCGCGCCCGCCGCGCCCCCCGCCGCGCGCCCGCAGCGCUCCGGCAAGAGGCGCCGCGCCGACCCGCCGCCGCCGCAGCCCGACCCGCCCAGGGAACCCGCAGAGAAACCUGACGCCAACAUGUGCCUCAAGUACACGUUCGGCGUGAAUGCGUGGAAACAAUGGGUGAUGACGAAAAAUGCCGAAAUCGAGAAAAGUUCGAUACGACGGAAACCUUUUAAAUCGGAGAUACUGCAGCUAACUGCAGAUGAACUGAACUACUCCCUGUGUCUGUUUGUGAAAGAAGUGAGGAAACCGAACGGCAGCGAGUACGCUCCCGACACUAUUUAUUAUUUGGUUUUAGGUAUACAGCAAUAUUUGUUUGAAAAUGGUAGAAUAGACAAUAUAUUUACAGAUCCGUACUACGAAAAAUUUACGGAUUGCUUAGACGAAGUCGCUAGGAAAUUUUCAGUAUUGUACAACGAUUCACAAUACAUAGUCACACGUGUAGAAGAAGAACACCUAUGGGAAAGUAAACAGUUGGGAGCACACUCGCCACAUGUACUGCUAUCCACAUUGAUGUUUUUUAAUACGAAACAUUUUAAUUUAGUGACCGUAGAGGAGCACAUGCAGCUGUCGUUCUCUCAUAUAAUGAAACAUUGGAAAAGAAAUCCUAAUCAACCUGGCCAAGCAAAGAUACCGGGCUCAAGAAAUGUGUUAUUGCGUUUCUAUCCUCCACAAUCAGCAUUAGAAGCAAAUUCAAGAAAAAAGAAAGUAUAUGAACAACAAGAAAAUGAAGAAAAUCCACUUAGAUGUCCUGUAAAACUAUACGAAUUUUAUAUUUCGAAAUGCCCAGAGUCCGUGCGCACGCGGAAUGACGUAUUCUACCUGCAACCUGAGAGGUCCUGCGUUCCUGACUCGCCAGUUUGGUAUUCCACGCAGCCGCUCGGAAAGAACGCCCUCGCUAAAAUGCUGCAUAGAGUGAAGAUGGUCAAAGAAAUCAAUAUCGCUCUUCUCACUAGCUAAGACCAUAUCCGACAAUACAAUUUUUGGCGUACCAUAGUGCUCCGAUACGAUCUCGGCGACAUCUCUGCAUUUGGUUCAGUGGUCGUAUCUCUCUCUGGAACCCUGUGUUGUGACAAAAUCAGGACUUUGUACAUUUUUACAUUUUUUAUAUCAAUCCAACAAUGACUAGCAAAAAAUACGGUAUUAAGUUAUGUUUUUAUAAUGUUGGAAUGUUUUAGAUGUAAGAUAUACUGCGCGGGACUGUUUUAAUAUGUACAGUUUGAAUAGAAUAAAAUAAUAUCACAUUUAGUUUUGUUUAAGUAAUUUUAGUUUCGUGUAAGAUUAUUGUUUGUCUUCACAUUAGGAUUCUGUUAGUUGUCUGUCAAUUUAGGUUCCUUUAAAACUGUAUAUACGCAUAGCGGUUUCAUGAAUCAUGUGAUUUAAAAGGGAGGUUUUUUUUGCAAUGUUUUUCUCUAUCCUUCAGUGCCAGACGAAUGAAUUCUACUAAAAUUAAUAUUACGAAAUUGUAAUGUCGGUAUAUACUAAUAUAUAUGAAUAGUUUAUAAGCUAAAAAUUCCAUAUUUUUGUGUUUAGGAAAUUACUUUUAUUUUAUUUUAGCGUUCAUUCUAUUACGGGAAUAAUUAGUUAUCUUAAAGUUCUCGCAAAUAGGAAUCUUAUUAAACUAAUAUUAUAGUUUAGAGAAAGAGUCAGAUUCGUAUUAUAUUUUUAAGUAAAAAUGCGUCAGCUAUUAUUUAGGUUAACUGCUGUGUAAAAAGAGUAUUGAUUCUAUA